AGAGCCGGGGAAGGGCGCCCUAGGGCAGAGGCGGACGCCCCAGCGCUGCAGAGAGAAAGUGACGAGCCGCCCUUCGUUGUCAGCCAGGAACGCGGACACAGCGGCGCUCCCACCCUGCUGCUGUCGAUCCCUAGGCCGCCGCGAUGGCAGCUGCCGGCGCCCGAGGCCUGCGGGCCACCUACCACCGACUCAUGGAUAAAGUGGAGUUGUUGCUGCCAAAGAAAUUGAGGCCGCUUUACAACCACCCGGCAGGCCCCAGAACAGUUUUUUUCUGGGCUCCAAUAAUGAAAUGGGGAUUGGUGUGUGCUGGACUAGCGGACAUGGCCAGACCUGCAGAGAAACUCAGCACAGCUCAGUCCACUGUGUUGAUGGCUACAGGGUUUAUUUGGUCAAGAUAUUCACUUGUAAUUAUACCAAAAAAUUGGAGUUUGUUCGCUGUUAAUUUCUUUGUGGGGUCAGCAGGAGCCUCUCAGCUGUUUCGGAUUUGGAGAUAUAACCAAGAACUCAAAUCUAAAGGGAUCCAGUAAGAGAGUUCCUGAUCACCUGAACAUUCUAGAUGUGGACAGAAACAUUGGAACCUAGUGUAUUUGCUUACCGAUAAGGUGAUGCUAAAUUCUGAUAACAUUCGAAAAGAAGGAAAGCAAAAUCUAACUGUACUUAAAAGCUAGCACUUGACUUCACAAAAAAUAAAGCAAACUUUUAGUACCAGUCUGUCUUUACAUUUGCCUCAAGGGGACUUGCUUGUGGAUGGCACCAACCUUGGUUUCUACCAUUUGUCCAUAAUAAACCGUACUUGGUCAUGCAUA